AUUUCAGUUGAAUCAAAAUCCAGUCUCCUAAGACCAUGGCAGAUGCAGUUGCUGAAAAACCUUGUUCAUCUUCAUCGAAGCCUAAGCCGGAUUUCAAUGACAGAUUUAGAAAGUUGCACCAGCUGAGGCAACAGUCGCGGAAGGCGAAUCAUGAACAAGUUGUGGAGGAGGACAGAAAGAAGAAGUUACCCGCAAACUACGAGGCAAGGAAGGCUCGCGACGAGUGGGAGCUCCGCGAGAUGGAAGAAAGGAAGAAAGCUGAGGAACAAGGUCUAGACUACGAGCGCAUAAAGGCUCUUAAUACACCAGCUGAUGUGGUGGCAAGAAUAGAAAUGAAAAGAAAGCGCAAGAAAAAUCCUGACCAAGGCUUUUCAACUUACGAGGAUAUGACACUGCGUCAACAUACACGUUUGACCACUGCAUUGAAGCCUGAUUCGGAAUCAUACAAAAAGAUGCGACAAGUGGUGGGUGAAGAUCAGUUCUAUCCGACAGCAAAUACUCUCAUCCAUGGUUCGCAUUAUCCAACAUCGCAAGCAAUGGAGAAGCUCGCUAGCGAUGUGCAAGGACAAGUCAAGCGACGAGAGCAAUUCCAUCGACGUCGUAUGUUCGAUCCAGAUGCACCAAUCGAUUACAUCAACGACAAGAACAUGCGGUUCAACAAAAAGCUCGAGAAGUUUUAUGGUCAGUAUACGGAAGACAUCAAGGAGGACCUCGAACGUGGAACCGCUAUCUAGAGAAAAGUGGCAAUGUAUCACUGUCUUGUUUGAGUUUUCGAAUGACCUCUUAUCUUAUCUUCUGUAUAUAGUCGAUUCAUUCCAUAUGACCAUGUGUGUAUUGCACACAACGUCCAUCUUUGGCGUUUCGAUCCUGGCUUUGCAAUAGCAAGAACGCAAGAGACUGAUCGCUGUCAUCGGUUACAUACAUA